AUGAAAAAAUUCAAUGAUAAGAAAGAAUUCGAAAGUGCAUUGAAAUUAUUUAAUGAAUGUGAAAAAUCAAAUAAUGAAAUGAUGUCAGGUGCAGCUGGAAAAUCAGGUUGUAUUGAAAAAGAAAUAAAUAUAUUUGAAUCAUUAAUUCAACCAGAUACAAUUGGAUAUACAUCAAUGAUUAAUUCUUAUAGUUUAAAUGGAAUGGGAUUUGAAGUCAUUGAAUUAUUUAAUUGCAUGCCAUCAAAAUUAAUUUUAGAAGAAACUUAUGUUUGUGUUUUAAAUGCAUGUUCACAUUCACGACUUGUUCAACAAGCAACAAAUAUUUUUUAUAAUAUUAUAAAUAAAACAGAACAAAUUUAUACGACUAUGGUUUGUUUAUUCAAUAAACAUCUUUUAUUUUCAUUUCAUAAAUUUAUUUUUUGA